UUGCGCAAAAUAUUGUAGUAUCGGCACCAGCUCCAGUACCAACGUCAGUUAGUACGGAUUCUGCGUAUAACGCUGUUAAUAGUAUUCCUAAUACUACAGCCAGUGACAUGAACAAUAAUGCAAACACCACGGUAACCAAUGCCACAACCUGA